UAUUCAAAAAAGUUAAAUCAGUAUUUCAUUAUCUUUGUCCCCUCCUCUUGCCUGAGAAAAUCAAUAGCUUAUGGUUUACGGAAUUUAAUUUGAGCGAUGAAAGUCAAAUCGUAACACUGCUGCUUGAUUUUGACCUUGUUUAUUUUUCCAAGCUUUCACUACCUGAUCAUCUCAGUUUUGCAGCUCCAUCUCCACUUUAUACGCUUGACUUACAGGGAGGAUAUGCAUUUAUAUAUAUACACCAAGGCAUUGAAGCAGGAAUAGGGCUGUGCGGGAGCUUGGGAAAUACUGUUUCUAUGGCGGAGCAUGUUAAAAUAUUUCAAGGGAUUAGGGCUUACGGUGAUGAAGUCAUUCAUGGCUGCUUUUCAAAGGUUGGUGUUGGACGCCUCAAGGGAUUGGUCUCAACAACUACUACCUUCAUAUUCUUCUUCUUCCUCCUCCUUAUUGCUGCUCUGCUUAACUGGAUGGAUAUUCGGGGCACUUCAAUUGGGCAGUCGAUUUUUUACUCACGAACUUCUAAAACUUAUCAUGAGAGGAUUGAAUUUCCUCUAAAUUGCUCUAAUUCAGUUAAUUUACCCCAAACAUGCCCGGAAAAUUACCCGUCGGUGUUCCAGCCCCAAGAAUCAUCGGCUAGAACUUGCCCAGAUUACUUCCGGUGGAUCCACCAAGAUUUAAAGCAAUGGAAGAGUUCGGGGAUUACAGAAGACAUGAUCGAAAGGGGAAAACCCAGUGCGGAUUUCAGGCUCGUCAUUGUCAACGGAAAGGCCUAUGUGGAGAAGUACAAGAAGCCAUAUCAAACCAGAGAUGUAUUUACAAUAUGGGGCAUUUUGCAGCUUCUAAGGUUGUACCCUGGAAAGGUACCAGACUUGGACCUUUUGUUCUAUAGUGGAGACAAGACUAUGAUCAUGAAAAGAGACUACAAAGGACUCAAUGCUACAUCACCACCGCCGGUUUUUCAUUACUGUGGAGAGAAAGCAGCACUGGACAUUGUGUUCCCUGAUUGGACCUUCUGGGGAUGGGCGGAGGUGAAUAUAAAGCCAUGGGAGGAGACGUUGAGGGCAAUAAAGAAAGGGAGGGAGAGGAUAAAGUGGGAAAAGAGAGAACCUUAUGCCUACUGGAAGGGUAACCCAUACGUUGCUAAAGAUCGGGUAGAACUUUUGAAAUGCAACCUUUCAGAUAAAAACGACUGGAAUGUUCGGCUUUAUAAGCAGGAUUGGGGCAAAGAAAGUCAACAAGGGUUCAAGCAUUCGAAAUUGGAAGAUCAAUGUAGCCAUAGAUAUAAAAUCUAUAUAGAGGGAGCAACUUGGUCUGUAAGUGAGAAAUACAUACUGGCAUGUGAUAGCAUGACGUUGUUGAUAAAGCCUAAAUACUAUGAUUUCUUCUCGAGAAGUAUGGUGUCGAUGCAGCAUUACUGGCCUAUCCGUCGCAAAAACAAAUGCAGGGAUCUUAAGUUUGCAGUUGAAUGGGGCAAUAAUCACCCUCAAGAGGCACAGGCCAUGGGGAAAGCAGGAAGCAAAUUUAUCGAAGAGAUUCUGACAAUGCGAAAUGUGUAUGACUACAUGUUUCAUUUGUUGAACGAAUACUCCAAACUCUUGAAGUUUAAACCAACAAUACCUUCAAAAGCCCACAGGGUCUGCGCCGAAUCCGUAGCAUGCUUGCAGAAAGGUUUAUGGAAGGAUUUCAUGGUGCAGUCAAUGGUGAAGUCUCCUAGUCAUAAACUUCCAUGUGCAUUGCCUCCCCCAUUUGAACCUCAAGCCAUUCAAGCUUCUCUCGACAGAGAAGACAAAAUAACAAGGCAAGUGGAGACGUGGGAGACAGAAUAUUGGAAAAAAACUAAACCAUAAGAAUCAGUAGAAAGCUAGAAACCUCUCUUUCUCCUUUUUUUCUUUCAUCAACAUCUGUAAUUAGUGUUGCCAAAUUAAGAAAAGCUUAGUCUAUUUCAGAUCAUUCUUGCACUGAUCAUAUGGAAGAAUUUGUAAUUGUAAUCAAAUACAGGACUGAUUUCAAAAUAGCAUUAAGAAACAGAGGAAUUCCUAACUUUAUAUCACCAUUUAGACUACAAGGGGUUACUUGGGAUAUUAGAGGUUAUGAUGUUUUCAGAGGAAAUACCCCAUUUAUGUUAAGUACCUUCUUUAUGUUAAAA